AUGAAAGGAAAACGGGCAGCGGAUGUAGAAUUGAUCGAUGAGAAAACUUAUAUCUUCUCGUCAACAUGCUGCAUCAUCCCUUCUUUUGUGAUCCAACAAUGUAAAGAAGAUUUGCAAAACCUGAUGCGAGUAUUUGUUCCGACAACGAAAGGACCUAAAGCAGACCAUGAAGAACAUGAUGAGUUUUUAUUGGGAGUUAGGGUUUUGGGGAAAUCGAUUAGAGAUACUGGAUCCACGAAAGAUAUGGUUGUUUUAGUCUCUGAUGGUGUCUCUGAUUAUGCCAAGAAGCUUUUAAAGGCUGAUGGGUGGAUAGUGGAGAAGAUUAGCUUAUUGGCGAAUCCCAAUCAAGUUCGCCCGAAAAGGUUUUGGGGUGUAUAUACUAAACUUAAAAUCUUUAACAUGACUAACUACAAAAAAGUUGUGUAUCUUGAUGCGGAUACCAUCGUGGUCAAAAGCAUUGAGGAUCUAUUCAAGUGUGCAAAAUUUUGUGCCAAUCUGAAGCAUUCUGAAAGGUUAAAUUCAGGAGUCAUGGUGGUGGAACCUUCGGAAACAGUUUUUAACGACAUGAUGAGCAAAGUGACCACUUUGCCCUCUUACACUGGAGGAGAUCAGGGGUUUCUUAAUUCAUACUACAAAGAAUUUCCAAAUGCACAUGUUUUCGAACCUAGUUUACCCCAGGAAGUAUUGAAAACUAGACCUGUACCUGAUAUGGAGCGACUGUCUACUUUGUAUAAUGCUGAUGUUGGUCUUUACAUGCUUGCGAACAAGUGGAUGGUAGAUGAGAGUGAACUCCGUGUUAUUCAUUAUACACUUGGGCCCCUCAAACCUUGGGACUGGUGGACAUCUUGGCUUUUAAAACCUGUUGAUGUGUGGCAGAGAGUCAGGGAACAGCUUGAUGAGUCCCUUCCUGGAACUGGAGGUGGCAAAAAUCCUAAAGAUGAACUUCUCGUCACAUUUCUUUUCUUGUUACCAUUAUGUCUUGUACUUCUCUGUUACUACCGCCUUUUUCUUCAGACAAGCAGAAGUUCAUUAUGUGAUAAUAUAAGACACCUCUACUACAAAAUAAGAUCAAAUGGAGCAUUUGCUUACACUGGUAUUUCUUCGACAUCUGCUGUCAAUUCCACCCAUCAGUUCUCUAAUGAUGCACAGUCCAAGGUGCCUGCCUAUUUGGGUGGAGUUUCCAUCUUCAUGUGUUUUAUGGCUGUUUUGGUCUCCAUUGUCUUUGGCCUUUCAAUUGUGCCUCGGCAAGUGAUGCCUUGGACUGGUUUACUCUUGAUGUAUGAGUGGACAUUCACAAUCUUCUUCCUUUUAUUUGGAGGCUUUCUCCAUUUGAUCUAUCUAUGGGGAAAAAGGACGGCAAGUCAAGCUGCAUCACUUUCUUCUCAUUCCGAAAAUUUGGAUUAUGAUUCUGGAAAAGGUCAUCGGCAGGGGUCAUCUUGUAAUGUUGCUGCAUGGUACUACGGUUUAGGGAUGGCAUCGUUAGCUGCUGCUGCCCCUUCUUUACCUUGUAUUUUUGGGGUCACUGCUCUAUUUUUGAGGUAA